AAUUCUUCUGAACUGACGACCAAAAGAGGCGUGUGGCGAUGCGGUCCCUGUCUGUUGUCCUGUCUUGCCUCGUGGCGGUUGCCUGCCUGCUGCCCGCCGCCCUGUGGGCGUUGCCCUCGGGCGCGCCCGUUGCGGCGUGCUACAGCGAACUGCCCGGCCACGGUGGAGCCGAGCCCCAGGCCUCACUGUCCCCGUACGCCAUCCAGGCCACUCCCGUGGGAGGAAGCGCCAUCGUGCAACUUUACGGCAGCAUUCCGUUUAAGGGUGUCCUCCUGACGGCCCGCGACGCACACACUGGCGAGCUUCUGCAUGGAACGUUCACCCCCGACGCCCAGACAAGGACUCUAGACUGCCCCGGAGGAAACGCGAAUGCCAUCACUCACAACAGCAGGGACUACAAGACGCAGGUCGUGGUGACCUGGACUGCUCCGGCAGGCUACUCUGGGCAGGUGUACUUCAGUGCCACCGUGGUGCAUUCUUUUCACGUCUACUGGAAGGGUAUCACGUCCGAUGCUGUGUUCGUCCAGUGAUCAAAUAAAAUAUGGUUGAUUCCUCUUGCAUACGAAGCUGUU